UUCCUUUGGAAGAACGCCAUUUCCUUACGAGGUGACGAACGGCGAACAAACGAAUGCCGCUUAGACAACCAUACCACUCAGUGGACGACCCGUCAUGUGCCUCAGUGGCAAAACUCGUUUCAGAAAAGUGCCUUGCGCACACGAAUCAACUGGGAAGGCUAUUUGAGCCCACCGAUGCACGGUCUUCAAGAAGGAUUGUUGACGUGUGACCGCCAGCCAGAACAUAAUCAUUUUUCACACAAACAUGAGGUACCUCCCUUUGGUAACUCGGACACCCCUCAAAGAAUACAAGGGUUUGGUUGUUCUAAACGGACCGCGGACGCUAACGCGGGUUUUGAAGUCUUGCAUGCAGAAGGAAUUAUGCGUUCCACGGGAUACGAGCCGUACAGAAAGCGUAAUUUCAGCGAAUCCGAGGACGGGCAAGAAGUAGAUGGAACUACAUUCACAAAGAUGAAGGUUCCGUGUGUCAUAGAGGCACCCCGGAACGUCGGCACAGAAGCGCUAAAUUCAAAAAGAUCCCCAAAAAGUGUCCGAGAUUCACGCUCGGAGUAUAGCAUUUUGGAGACUGACCACACCCAGUGGACCAAGGCAACACUGACCGCACAACGAAAGCUGGCUUUUGCAUCGCGAGUGUUAUGCGCCUCGACACCGUGUAUAACGCCAGGAUGGAGCGAUAAUUAUAUACCAGCUCACGCAGAUUCCGGAUCGUUGUCCAAAGAUAUCACACGUGACACCGACUGGUCGGAGGAUGGCAGCAAUCGGAAGCAACCAGUCCAAUUGCAUAAACAAGACUACGCUAGCCACACACUGGGUGAAUUCUUUACACGGGAAGAGUAACCGAUUCCAAUGGACAAUAAUAAAGCGUUUAAAAGGACGAAUUGCUUUUGUCGUUCGAAUCUAAGAAACCUGUACCACAAAUUGGAGUUUACAUUCUUGCACGAGGCGUAUAAUUUGGUGCUAAGACCACGGUCCACGUCCAGCAAAUCACAAACUGUGCUCUGGCAUAGUGCUGCUUAUCUCGAUGUAUGUGAAACGAGCCGAACAACAGCCAGAGAGAAAAUGUAACUUCAUAAAGUGGGCGCUGUACAUCUAGCUCUACUUGAAGCAGACCAAAUUAUGCACAUAAAGAGAUAAAGCCAGAGAUCAUGCAACAAUAAAAGUAAUGAAACACAGGAGAGCUGUGGAGUACGUCACCAAAGCCAUUAAAAGACAGCAACCAAUAAAAUGAUACCUUCCGG